AUGAUCCUGGCAGUUUUUUCUCAUUUCUUGAAUAUUCAGGAUGACCCUCAAAAACAAUGGGUACCAGAGUGUGACAAUUUUCUCGAGGAAUUCAUUCGGCUUGAAGGGCGUGGAGAUGAUGGAUGGAGUAGGCAUUAUCAUGGGGAGCAGGGAUGCAUCAACCAGCCGUUUAUUUGGUGCAUUGAUUGUGAAGGAUUACAGCUUUACUGUCAGUCUUGUGUCAUCUCGUUGCACUGCACAAUGCCUUUGCAUCGCGUUGAAAUUUGGUCCGGAAAUUACUUCCAGUGCAGCAACUUAAGAGACCUAGGGCUACGUAUACACCUCGGGCAUCCAACUGGUGUUCGUUGUUGCAAUCCCUCUGCUGCAUUCCAGGACGACUUCACCGUCCUUGACAUCACUGGUGUCCACAGUGUCAUGCUAGAUUUCUGCAAUUGCGAGACAGCACAAACGCAUGCUACCCAACUCCUGUGCACUCGCUGCAUUGGCGCAUCUAAGGACCGUUAUGAAGCUUUCCUAUGGAUGACUGGGCAUGGCCAUGACACUGGUGGUGCUCUUGAUACAAUGGAAGGGGAACUCACUGUACUGUGCCCAGCUUGUCCUCAACCUGGCAAGAACUUGCCUUUGGAUUGGGAGACCAACAAAGCGCAACACAAAUGGCUUUAUGCCUUAUUUCUCGCAAUGGACGCUAACUUUCGUUUAUACCGCCAUAACAAGUCCUCUGAACAGGCGAACCCUAGCCUAAGCAGGGGCUGGGGUUAUUUCAUAGAACAAAAUGGAUUCAAAGAUGUACUGGAUGCUUAUGUGGGCCAGGUGCAAGAGAAAAGUUCUUGCACCAGCCACAAUGCUGUAAACCUUGCUGAAACCAAGAAUUCACGGGGACUGGCUGCCACAGGUGUUGGCACCAUCAUUUGUGCUCAUCAUAACCUCACCCGUCCAUCCUCAGUUGGAGAUCUCCAAAAACGAGAAAGGUAUGUGUCUCGGACAUAUUUGAUGAUGUCUAUUGACAUAAGACUUAAAUCUGUUCCUGUUCUUAACAUCUCCUAUGAUAUUGCAUGUCAAUGGGGUAAACAUCUGUUGGAGUGGAUGUCACGCUAUCCCUCCUGGAUCCAUUUUUUGACUCACAUUGAAGCAUGUCAGACUUUGUAUUCUCUUAACCUCAUAAAAGGCAUGGCAAGGACUGACAGUGAAGCCAUUGAAUGCAGAUGGUCCAACAUGAAUCCGGUUGCUACCAGCACGCAUGAAAUGGGCCCAGGGUCAAGAUGCCACAUCUUGGAUGACCACUUCGGUGAUUGGAAUUGGCGUCAAGUGUCCAACUUGGGUCCUUCGCUCCUCAAGAAACUCAAGGAGGCAAUUCCAGAAUGUUAUCAGCAUGCUGCUGAUCUUCAUGACUUCGAGGAAGCCAUCCCGUCUUCGAGUCUUAGUACCUGGCACAAGCUGCCAAACCCUUUUGAGAUAAAAGCUUCAGUUGUUACCCAGGCAUCUCUUGAAGCCCACCAGCUAAGGCAAGGAUCGGACACCUCCCUCCACCCAGAGGUCUCCCCUAGUGUGUUAAUUACUGUCAGGAUUGACCUAGAGGCUUUGCAACAUCGACUUACAACAGAUACUGCAAACAUUGGAAUCCACGCUACCGAUAACCAACUAUCCACAAUGCAACAAUGCACCAACGCUCUAUGCUGUCAAAUUGAACAGUGGAUGCAAAUCCAAACACUAUAUAUUCCCAAUGUUGCCAGACUUCGAACCAAUACCUCUGAUGCUGAAGAUGCCACCCUUGAAGAACCUGCUCACACCAUCAAAUUGUGGAUGCUGUCUGCAGUUGUGAAGGCAGGCAUGUCUUGCGAUGUGAACCUCUGUAACAUCGAAUGGAAGUUGCGCUGUGCCAAAACACAUGAUGGUCUCCAGGAACUACAGCAACACCUACGAAUCAAAUGCCAUCUAAACGGGUUCAAGAAGAACUGGUUAAUGGGCCAGCAAGCCCAUACCAGAUCCUGUGCUGUCAUUGAUACCGUGGUGGCAAAAAUAGCUGCGGCUGCGACGAAGUAUCGCACGGCAUGGAGCACACUUCAUACCUUAGCUGAUGCCCUCCUACAUUUUGAUUGGGAGAUCGAGUUCCCAAGGCUCGAGGAUGGGGAUAUUUGUGGCAUGACGGAGGAGGAAGUGGGAGGCUUGGUGUCAGAGGGUCGCAGACUCAUGGCCAUGUCUUGGAUCUGGAAGCAGCACCAUGGAGUGGGUGAAGAAGAGCUUUCUGAAGCAAUGCGCAUUGAGUGGUGCAAGGCAGGGGCUCAUGCAAAGAGGUGGGCAGAGGAGGUCGAACUUGUGCAGGAGGAGAUGCGACGAUACGAUGUUAAUGUCCUCCGUGUCGCUGCCCGCCACAAUCCCAGCCGCAUACUCAUCAAAGUCACCCAUGCCAAUCCUAGCCCAUCGGUCCAACAUGUCUUCGAGCUCUUCACGGUGCUCUGGAAUGUCGAGCAGCAUAUCAACUGA